AUGACUGAAAUCGACGAGUCCGAAGUCGACGAGCUUUGGCCGUCGGACAUUGAGGAGCUCUCUCCCCCAGGCCCGGAACGUUCUGACCCAUUCCCAAUUCAAGUCAAACAAGAGGACGACGACAGCAAGAACAUCGUCGUUAAUAAGAAGAAAAAGGCGGAGUAUCAAUCGCUCGGGUGGCCAGACGGCCGAAAUCCAUCUGUCCUUGAUGCCUCCUACGGGAGAUGGGUCAGCCACAGAUUUACGCCGCCAGGAAGCAUCCAAUAUCCCCCAAUUUCGACCUACCGGAACUACGACAAAAUUCAUCGUCACCGUAGUAGUCUUGAGGUCUCAGCGGAAGAACGGGCGGUAGUUUUGGAGAACCGCAAGCUGGAACUUGAGGGUACAAAGACCACCACCUACAUCAACCGACUGGCUUUGGACUCCGAAUAUCCAUCCGACUACCCGGGCUGGUGGAAUCUGGCGAACGACAUCUGUCUCAAAGAUGAUGCUGCCCGCAAGCGAACUGCAGCGCAAUUCCUGGCUGACGCCAUCGAAUACGAAGGCGACCCGUUCUCCUGGGACCUUGUCUUGGGCGAGUUGAAGCUUCGUAUUGAGGAGCAUCUCGAUGCGGUUGGGUUCAUCAAGCGCAAGUACUCUUUUCCUGCUGAAGACGACCCCUUCCGCCCUCCGAACCUCGAAGCGCGUGCUCACGCCAUCGCGGCGUACACGCAAAUCCUCGAUCUACUCACCGAAGGUCUUCCAUCCCUUCUCGCUGCCUAUCAAGAUGAGGCUCUUAUUCUCCAGGGCAAACGGAUUCCCGUCGAUUUCGAUCUACCCCAGCUCGAGCAGCGGAGACUUUGA